AUGAAGAACCAUAUGGAUUUAAGCUGGUUCUACUCCAGAAGCCAGAUAGCUGUUUAUUUCUCUACACGCCUUUCCAGCCUCAGGCCUCACAAGUCGAAGCUUCGCAACCCGAUUAGUAUUCUCCAAGAACUAAAUAGGCACCAAUGGCUAAUGUUUCUUUGUGGAUUCCUGGCCAGGGCCUGGGAUUCAUUCGAUAAUUAUUCAGUCUCCAUGACCGUUACUGAACUUGAGAAAGCCUUUAAUGCUGAUAAUAAAGGAAUAUCCUGGUCUAUGACAAUUACAAUGAUGCUACGCCCCGUCGGCGCCAUAAUGACCGGGAUCUGCUCUGAUCGAUAUGGGAGAAAGUGGCCGUUGGUUCUCAACCUCUCGUUCCUCGUAUUUCUUGAAUUAGUAUCUGGUUUUUGCAAUACCUUGCCUCAGUUCUUAGGUGUAAGGUCACUAUACGGCAUUGCAAUGGGGGGCGUAUUCGGACCCGCCGCAGCCACGGCUUUAGAGGAUCUCCCAUAUGACGCCCGUGGUGUCCUUUCCGGAUGUUUCGAGCUUAGUUCCGCAAUGGGAAAUCUACUAGCAGCAGGGAUGUACUGCGCUCUCGUGCCCACAACAUCUCACGGAUGGCGGAGUCUAUACUGGUUCGGUGCCGGACCACCGAUGCUCAUCAUUGCCUUGCGCUGCUGGCUACCAGAAACAAGAUGUUUUCGGGCCAUGAAAGCAGAACGCGAAGCAGAGGCUGCUGAAUUGUCUGCCAUGGAACAAGCACAAAGCAAGAGCAGCUUACAGGCGUUCAUCAGUGAUACAGCCAAGGCAUUAAAAAAUAAUUGGGUAUUGCUGCUCUAUAUUGUAUUUCUCCUGGCUGCAAUUAUCUCUUGCGCCCACGGUAGCAGCGACUUUUUCCCAACAUUUCUCAAAGACCAAGCCCAAUUAAGCACAAUAAAAACAACCGUGAUCACUAUAAGCGGGCAACUUGGCGGAUUCGUAGGCGGUGUCAUCACGGGCUACGCUAGUUCGAUCAUGGGUCGUCGGCUCACCAUGAUGACCGCUUGUGUAUUUGGUGGAGCACUCAUCCCGGCCUAUAUUAUGCCACGAGGCAUGGCACUGGCUGCAAGUACGUUUUUCCAACAAUUCUUUAUCGGUGGUGUACUAGGACCAGUCCCAAUCCACCUCCUAGAACUGUCACCCCAAGCAAUCCGCACUCUCGUGGUUGGGGUAGCUUAUCAACUUGGAAGCCUUGCUUCCUCGGCUACACCUACCAUUCAAGCUAUUAUAGUGCAGAGGUUUCCUCUGCCAGAUGGUAAAAACGGUAUGAAGAGGUUUAAUUAUGGUCUCGCCAUUGCUAUCUUCAUGGGUGCAGGAUUGGCCCUUAUGGUAUUAUUUCUAGUUCUCGGCCCAGAAAUGUCCCACGAAGAACGCGAAAAAGAGGCAGAGGCUGCUAAACAGAGAGAUAGGAUGAUACUCGAUGGCUUAAGCUUAGAGCAGAGUAUUGAAAAAGGUUCUGUGCUCGAGGGAGAGAUGCUGGAAACAAAACUCGGAGAGGAGGGCAUUUCUGGAAUUAAAUGCAUUGAGUGUGCUCAUUAG